CUAAUUAUAACGGCUCUUUCGAUUAUAAAAUAUAGUCAUUCUGUAUCACCCUCUUACCAUUUCGUUGUGGCACCACUGAACCUGUCAUUGAGCUUCAUUGGAUAUAUUGAAUUAGCGGCGGCCUGAGAAGCCAAUUUAUCUUCUUAAAUUAAGACUGGUGGAAUUCAGUAAAAUGGCAAAUCGACCAAACCCAGACAAAGAAAUUGAUGACCAGAAGGUCUCACAAGCAGAAGCCCGUAACCAGAAGGCCUCACAAGCAACAAAUAGGGCAGUUCUGGCAGAUAUUGGGAAUACUGUGGUAGAUAAUAAUACCAGACUGAAUAUCGCCAACAAAGGAGUCAAUGGGAGAACUGUUCAAGGCCGUCGCCCCAUAACAAGGAGCUAUGGAGCUCAAUUGCUUGCAAAUGCAAGGUCUGCUGCAACUAAUAGAAUCACUGCAGCUGAUAAGAAUACUAAGGCAGAGGUCAUGAAUAAAGUAGGGAAGAUUAAAAAGGGUAGUGAUCUUCCUGGGACAAGGGUAGCCACAAAGGAGAAUACAAAAGAUAAAGUGUUGGCUGCUAAACAGCCAACUAGGGUACAAGCAACUAGCAAACACAAUGUCCGAGCUGCAGUAGCACGAAAAAGGAGGCCUCCAACUCUAACUGCAACUCUCGUAGCUCGAAGUAAAGCCUUUUGUACCACAAUGGAUGGCGAACGGACUGAGACAGAGAGCCUCUUGCCAAACAUUGAUGAAGGAGACCUUGGGAAUCAGUUUGCAGUGGUUGAGUAUGUGGAGGAUAUUUACAACUUCUAUCGCAAAAUUGAGAGCAAGAGUUGUGUAUCAAACUAUAUGCCCUCGCAAACAGAUAUUAAUGGGAGGAUGAGAGGAGUUACCAUUGACUGGCUGAUUGAGGUACAUAGGAAAUUUGAGUUGAUGCCAGAAACAUUAUAUCUUACCGCAAAUGUAUUUGAUAGAUAUCUUUCCAUUGAAUUUGUAUCAAAGAGAAAUUUACAGUUAGUGGGUAUCACCGCAAUGCUUGUAGCUUCCAAGUAUGAAGAAGUUUUGCCCCCAGAGAUGGAUGAUUUUUUCUACAUAGCAGAAGAACAAUAUACAAAACAGGAGAUACUGACUAUGGAAAAGACAAUGCUCAAUAAGCUCAAAUUCCAUCUCACAGUCCCCACUCCAUAUGUAUUUGCAAUUAGGUUUCUAAAGGCAGCUGGUUCUGACGAAGAGAUGGAAAAUGUGGUGUUCUUCUUCUUAGAAUUGACCUUGCUCCGGUAUGUGAUGAUCAAGUUUAGACCAUCAAUGCUUGCAGCUGCAGCGGUAUUUACUGCUCAGUGUACCUUGAAGAAGGAACCAGUCUGGAAUGAAACACUUAAACGGUAUACAGGCUAUGCUGUAGCAGAUCUCAAAGAAUGUGCUAGAUUGAUUGUUAUAUUUCACCAGAGUUCAGCACGAAGCGAAUUUGAGACGGUUUACAAGAAGUACUCUUCACCGCAGUUUGGCAGUGUGGCCCUUAAGAGUCCUGCCCAGCUUCCUGCAUAGACAAAUAAUCACUACAUAUAGAGGGGCUAUUAAAUGUUGUGACUCCGAAACCAGUGAUUGUUAUGUUGACCACAGAAGAUGAUCUCCAUUAAUCCAUUUUAUGAAUAACAACAGUGUAUGUUUUGUUUCGAUUCAUUAUUAUUUGCUGCUGCCAUCAUAAACAUUUUCAGGGUGGAGAAACAGAGUGAUGGAUUUGAUACCUUCCAUGACAUGCGUGCCACAGUAUCCUGCCUUUAGAAUUAUGGCAUGGCCUUUUUCAAUUGCAACACUUUAAUAGGUUAUACAUUAACUUUACUCGAAUGAUUUGUCUGCUUGUACAUGCAUUGAACUAAUGAGCUUGGUUGAGCAAUUCUUUGUGCUCAUUCAAAUAAUGAAACUGAUUUUCUCCCUAAUUUUCCAUGGUUGUGU